AUGACUGACCCGCCCCCCUUACUAAUGAGGCCUAAGAGGCUCUCUCUCAUCCCCCAGCAGCCGACGAGAAAUCGAUUCAAUGACGAUUUGUUCGCCCACCUCCAUCCCUCAACCGUUGUAGAAGCCCUGACUACUACCACCGGCGCCUUGGGUCAUUACCUGGCUGGCACCUCUGCCGCCGAGCGAGAUUUCGCCAUACGGGCCGCAGUUGCUUCACAAAGGGUAUGGGAAUGGGUUGAUGAGCUGUCCGACUGGGAAUGGCCCGUGGAUGGUGGCUCCGCUGGUUUUGAAAGCCCCAACCACACGACGCGGAGAUUGCCCUUCCAAAUCAGAGUACCACAGACUUGUGGCGCUGAAUACAUGGGUAGUCUGCCUGCCCGAGAGGUUGCGCUCUAUGCGAGAAGGAUAGAAGAAAUACUCAGAGACAUGGACGAUUUGGAGGUUGAGGAAAUCAAGUCACAGGUCUUGAACAACUACAUCAUGCCUCUCUCGAGACCAUGUACUCCCCUCUCAAUAUCGAGCAGGGGCCCGUCCUCAGUAUCCGUCUACACCAAGAUGGAAGAUGUAUCUGCACUGGUCACGACGAUACUGGUGCAGACACUGCCAAACCUGACUAAAUUAACGCGGCUGCUCCGGACAUGGACUGUUCGAUUGGGCGUUUUACAGCGCAUCCCGCCGCUUCUGUAUGCCAUCGAGGACGCCGAGGUUGGCUUGAAGGCAGGCUGGGCCGCCAUAUUGAAGCCAGCUCAAAGUUUACCAACUCGAGAGCACGGAAAGCGUGCUAUGGGGAAGAAGCCGACCUUGAAGCGGACCGACUUCGAGAUUAUGAGAAAGGUGCUGGUCAAGAAGGUCUCCACUCCCGGCCGCAUGUUGGACAUCAUGCUCGAUUCCCUCGAGGGCAUGGACGACACACUUCCCGACAGCUGGCUGGAUCGCUUGGAGGCAGUGGAACAAAACUAUAGCGAGUGGGUAGCUGCCUGUGAAAGGAAAAUUCGAGAGUCCGCGUGGUACAGGUCUGCCAAGCCCCCCCAGUCUUUGGAGCAACCUGCUGGGGAAGAUGCCGGCGAACCCCUGCAGAGCGAACCAUCUGCCGAGUACAGCGAGCCACUUCCAGGUGACCCCGGCAUUGCCAUCGCUUUGCCAGUUCCGUUAAAGGAGAAAAGAGGGAACCCCAGUCUCACGGAUGAUGGUCCAUCGACUUCCCCAAGCGAUUGUGAUGAUUCACCGACACGCGCUAAUGACGAUCCGCCGGACAAAACUAGUCCAGUGCCGCCACGAGACGCCGAGACUCGUGGUCCUAGAACUCCAACCCACGAGGUGUUUUCCGAAUCGGAGCUAGCCACAGAGUCUUUCGAUGCCGUUGAAUUGUCCCCGCCGUCUGAUCAUGACGUUUCUGGUCUCACCAGAACCAUGUCACCUGUAGGCGAAGUAGAGGAAGAAGAUGACGAAGAUCUGCCCCUAUUGCACAGCAGUGCUUGGCGCGGCAGUGACCUUUCCGACGACUCCAUCUUGCUACCGGGCGAUACCAGCCGUUUUGACGUGCUAUCUAGUGAUCUUCCUGAAAUGUCUGCGUCCCCCCCAGUUCCGCGAAAUCGCGUUCGCGAGGCCAGGUUUGCCGACGAUAGCCCUCCAAGCUCCCCUCCACUACCUCGGGAGUCGUCGGAGGAAUCGCCCAACAGUUGUGCUGAAAGCCCGAGUGUCACACCAGCUGCCGAAGGCUUCGGAUUAAUAUACGACCACAAGACUGUAACAGAGGGGUCUUUUGCGGAGGACUUUGAUGACUUGAUGUCGCCGUCCGAAGCGGCGGGACCUAGCUUUCGAAGAGACAGCACCAGUGACCGGCAAUUGCGCCAGCAGAUCAGCGACAUUAUCGAGUCAAUACCGGCCAAGAUCAAGCUGUCGGCCGAGCCAUCACCCAUCAUCAACCUGAACCCGCCGGAUCUGCAACUUCCACGGCUGGGGAACAAGCCAUCCAAGGAGCCAUUUAAGCAAAGUACAUCGAGCCUGUCAUCUCGCACUGCCACACCUUCCUUCACUUUGUCACCUGCGCGAACAAAUCGGCCGCGUCAGUUCAGAGGCCAGCAGGAAAUCAAGGUGUACCACCUAUCUCGGUCGACGGGCGAAGCUCCCAUCAAGCUGUUCAUUCGGUGCGUAGGCGAGCACGGCGAACGCGUCAUGGUUCGUGUGGGUGGAGGAUGGGCCGAUCUGAGCGAGUAUCUGAAAGCAUACGCCUCGCACCACGGACGCCGUUCGGUUGGCGCUGAGCGAGCGGCCACGGUGGAAGUCCAGGAUGCGCCACGGAGUUUCAACACGUCGGCCAUGACGGCGACGGGCUCCAGCCCACCGAGCCGGCCUGUUUCUGCGGCGGCGGCGGUCAGGAUGGAGCACUCACCUAUUACGCAACUGAACAUCCGCAAGACGAGACGGAGCAGCGGCGCAGGCAACAGCGAGGUGCCAAGACUACGGGCCAGAAAGCCAGGGGCACCGAAUCCCCGAUUCGACGUGUCAUGUGCCGAAGAUGGGGAGCCCUCUAGGCCCAACUCCCGCCUCAGCUGGGUAGAGGAUGACAGCUCGUUCCUGGGGCUGGCGGGGCCAAAAGGGAAAAAGGUUGAAAUGAGCGAGGAAAACAAGGCCUGGGUGGAAAGUGUCAAGGAAAGAGUUCGCCAAGUCAGCGGCGAGAGGAGAGUUUCCCAGCCAGACGACAGGAAGCGUUUUGGCGAGCUGGGCAAAGUCGGCGGUACCAAGAGACUGUUUCUCAAGGCGGCCGACAAUGCACCAAAGGCAAGGAGUGAUGGAUGA